GGCCGGGGGCGGCGGCGUCCCCCGGCGGAGCGGGCCCUUCCGCGCCGGCUGUCAGCGGCCGCCCCGCCGCGCCGCUGGCCCGGGCGCUCGGCAGGGCCGGGCGGGGACGGCCUGGCAGCGGGACCCCCGGCCGGGCUCUGCCGGCUACCGCAGCCUCCGGGUGGCGGCGGGGAGCGCGGCCGCGGUGCGCGGCGGGCGGGCUGGGUGCCCGCACGGGGCUGCGUGCAGCGUUGCGGGAGCGGGGCGCGCCGCAGCGGAGCGGGGCCGUGUCCCCUCGGCGUGGCCCGCGCGGUGGCGGUGCGGGACGGGACGGCGCUGCUCGCCCCCCGCGCUGCUCGCCCUGGCUCCCGCAGGCGGCAGGUAGCAGUGGCGCUCCGGGGUUAGUUUCGUCCCGUUCAGCACCGUGCCCAGUACAACUUGGAGGAAGGCACGUUAGGCUUUCACGGGUAGUAUUUGUCACAGCACCCCACGUCCUAUAAGAUCAUCAAUUUUGCUCCAAGUCUACUGCAAAUCAUAGUAUCAGAUCAAGUUGAAUUUCCAGUGCGUCAAGCAGCUGCCAUUUACCUGAAGAACAUGGUGACACAGUACUGGCCGGAUCGUGAACCACCUCCUGGAGAAGCAGUAUUUCCAUUCAACAUUCAUGAAAAUGAUCGUCAGCAGAUUCGUGAUAACAUUGUGGAAGGAAUAAUCCGUUCUCCUGACUUAGUGAGAGCCCAGCUGACGAUGUGCCUCCGUGCUAUCAUUAAACAUGACUUUCCUGGCCAUUGGACAGCUGUGGUAGACAAGAUAGGCUACUACCUGCAGUCUCAGAACAGUGGGAGUUGGCUUGGGAGCCUCCUGUGCCUGUAUCAGCUGGUGAAGACUUAUGAAUACAAAAAAGCAGAGGAGCGAGAUCCUCUCAUAGCAGCAAUGCAAAUAUUUUUGCCUCGGAUCCAGCAGCAGAUGAUCCAGCUUCUGCCUGAUAACUCUCAUUAUUCUGUACUGCUUCAGAAACAAAUCUUAAAAAUCUUCUAUGCUCUUGUUCAGUAUGCAUUGCCGCUCCAGUUGGUGAAUAACCAGACUAUGACUCAGUGGAUGGAGAUCUUCCGUACUAUCAUUGACAGAAAUGUCCCUCCAGAGACUUUGCAGAUUGACGAAGAUGAUAGACCGGAGCUGGUGUGGUGGAAAUGCAAGAAGUGGGCACUGCAUAUUGUAGCUCGUCUUUUUGAACGGUAUGGAAGUCCUGGAAAUGUAACUAAAGAAUACUUCGAAUUCUCAGACUUCUUUUUAAAAACAUAUGCUGUGGGCAUACAACAGGUUCUCUUAAGAAUCUUAGACCAAUACAGGCAAAAAGACUAUGUUGCGCCACGUGUUCUUCAGCAAACAUUAAAUUAUCUGAACCAGGGGGUUAUUCACUCUGUAACAUGGAAGCAAAUGAAGCCACACAUACAGACUAUAACAGAAGAAGUGAUAUUCUCUCUAAUGUGCUACAAAGAUGAGGAUGAAGAGCUCUGGCAAGAGGAUCCAUAUGAAUAUAUCCGAAUGAAAUUCGAUGUAUUUGAGGAUUAUGCAUCCACUACAACAGCAGCACAGAAUCUCCUUUAUACUGCUGCAAAGAAGAGAAAAGAGGUAUUACCAAAAAUGAUGGCUUAUUGCUACCAGAUUCUGACAGAGCCAAACAUUGAUCCAAGGAAAAAAGAUGGAGCUUUGCACGUUAUAGGAUCCCUAGCAGAUAUUUUACUGAAGAAGAGUGUCUUCAAGGAUCAAAUGGAGCUGAUGUUACAGAAUCAUGUAUUUCCAUUGUUCAUGUCUAACCUGGGGUAUCUCAGAGCUAGAUCUUGUUGGGUACUUCAUUCAUUCAGUGCUUUGAAAUUUCACAACGAGCUAAACUUGAGGAAUGCAGUAGAGUUGGCAAAGAAGAGCCUGAUUGAUGAUAAGGAAAUGCCUGUCAAAGUAGAAGCAGCCAUAGCUCUUCAGACAUUAAUAAGCAACCAAGAGCAAGCCAAGGAAUAUGUGAAGCCUUAUGUAAGGCCAGUUAUGCAAGAGCUCUUGCACAUUGUUAGAGAGACGGAAAAUGAUGAUCUUACUAAUGUAAUCCAGAAGAUGAUCUGUGAGUACAGUCAGGAAGUAGCUACUAUCGCCAUUGACAUGACUCAACACCUGGCUGAAAUAUUUGGUAAAGUACUCCAGAGUGAGGAAUAUGAGGAAGUAGAGGACAAAACAGUUAUGGCCAUGGGCAUCUUGCACACAAUUGACACUAUCCUGACAGUUGUGGAAGAUCACAAGGAGAUAACUCAACAGCUCGAGAGUAUUUGUCUACAGAUCAUUGGCCUUGUUUUGCAGAAACAUGUUAUAGAGUUUUAUGAAGAAAUUCUCUCCUUGGCCUACAGCUUGACGUGCCAGAUGAUUUCACCUCAAAUGUGGCAGCUUUUAGGUGUUCUAUAUGAGGUUUUCCAGCAGGAUUGCUUUGAGUACUUUGCAGAUAUGAUGCCUCUCUUGCAUAAUUAUGUGACCAUUGACACUGAUACUUUACUGUCUAACCCAAAACACUUAGAAAUCAUUUAUGCUAUGUGUAAAAAGGUAUUAACAGGAGAUGCAGGAGAAGAUGCAGAGUGCCAUGCAGCUAAACUCCUAGAAGUAAUUGUUCUUCAAUGCAAAGGACGGGGUAUUGACCAGUGUAUUCCACUUUUUGUGGAGGCUGUUCUGGAGCGGUUAACUAGAGGAGUUAAAACAAGCGAGCUUCGUACCAUGUGUCUUCAGGUUGCCAUAGCUGCACUCUACUACAAUCCUGACCUACUUCUGCACACCUUAGAGAACAUCAGAUUUCCACACAAUCCGGAGCCUAUCACUGCACAGUUCAUAAACCAAUGGAUGAAUGACACGGACUGUUUUCUUGGACUCCAUGACAGGAAGAUGUGUAUAAUAGGACUGAGCAUCCUAAUGGAAUUGCAGAACCGACCGCCUGCAGUGGAUGCUGUGGCUGCCCAGAUUGUCCCUUCAAUCCUCCUCCUCUUCUUGGGCUUAAAACAAGUUUGCGCCUCACGGGAACUCACAGAACAUGAGGAUCAUGCUAAAGAUGAAAAACACGUUGCAGAAGAUAAUGAAGAGAUACCAAGUGAUGAGGAGGAGGCAAAUGAAGUGAGCCAGGUGAUGCAAGACAACCAUGGUGGAGGAGGAGGAGGAGGUGAUGGUGGAGGUGGAGAGGAAGAGGACGAAGAUGAUGAUGAUGAUGACGACUGGGAUGAAGAUGCAUUGGAAGAAACUGCUCUUGAAGGGUUCAGCACACCUCUUGACCUUGAAAAUGGUGUUGAUGAAUACCAGUUUUUUACACAAGCACUUUUAACGGUGCAGAGCCGAGACGCAGCCUGGUACCAUUCACUGACAGCACCGCUGAGUGAGGAUCAGAAGAAACAGCUGCAGGAAAUUUAUACAUUAGCAGAACACCGGCGAAAUGCUGCAGAGUCUAAAACAAUAGAACAACAAAGUGGCUACACAUUUGACAACAAAGGACUGAUCACAGCAUUUAACUUUGCUGGAAGUACUCCUGGUGGCAACUGAAGGAUCAGCUACAAAGGCCAAUGGGAAAGGUCUUAUUGUUACAUUGUCUUGAAAUCAUCGUGACUUCUGAGUGAUAGGGGAGAGUAAUUUAAUGCUGCUGAAGGUUUUCUGGAAAAUAGCAGUGUGCUUCCCCCACCAGAAUGCUUUUUCUAACCAGCUACUGUAAUGUACAAAUUCUUGUGGUGUUUUUAUAAUUUGAUGGACUGAAAGGAAACAUUUGUCCUCAAGGAAUCUGAAUGACUGGGAAGGGGCCAGGCUGCAUCUAAUUGCGUUGUACUUCUCAGGUUUUUGCUGUGCAGAAUUGAUAGAUUCAUAUGGAUAACAGUGCCUUCUGUUGUACAUGGAUUGCCCGAACAAAUGGAUUUUGGAGUGCAUUAUAAUUUUUUAAGUGUAAGGACAUUUCUUGAUACACUGUAAGCCUUGGUUCCAUGUUUUCCAGUCACCUGCUUUUUACUGCUCGGUUUAAUUGUUCUUUGGUUGCAUACACAUUGCUGGAUUCAGAAUAUUAUCUGAUCUUCCCUAUUUGGUGCAGACCAAAUUUGUAGAGGGAGGCAUCUGUUGGAGUUACAGAGCAUACACUGGUUACGUCAAAGGAUCAUAAUGAAAUUGCAGUUUUCCCUUGAUGCAGUAGUAUUAAAUUAUUUCUCUUAGCCAUGAAAUCAACUCGCUUAAGUUACGAUGGCAUGCACGGCAGGUGGUUACCCUAAAUCUACAUUGAUAUUACCUCCUGCCUGGACAAGUGUUGUGGCCCUUGCAUGUAGAUGUUCUACAUGACAACUUUUUAUUUCCACUAUUUUUGAUGAAUAUUGAAUUUUUCUUGGGAUUCUGUAAACCUCUUUUAUGGUUUUAUUCAUUCAUUACCAUUCCAGUGGUAGUACUGAAUAAUGUGGUACAAAAUAUUUACAAUACGUUAUUUAUCUUAAUAGAAGAAAAACAGCUCCAAACUUAUUUCUUCUUACUCUUACACUUCUGUGAUUGUAUUUCUGGUCUGCAUUCCAUUUGGCUCUUCUUGUCCCCUGCUGAGAUUUCAUUAUCUGCCAGAUUUCUUCCUAAAUUUCAAAGAAUGGUUUCUCAUAAAUUGAAACACAUAUAACAAGGUGUUUGUGAAUAUGUUCAUUUAGUGAGAAACUGACAACAGUACUAAUUUGAAUAGGUGCCCCUUCUUUAGAUCUAUUGGGAUCGCAGUGGUAUAGCCAAAAUAAGUAGGGGUGGUUUAGAAUGUGAAGUUUGGAUUUGAGAUAAAAUGUUGAGACCAGAUUUUGUCUAGUCUAGACAAAAGUGUUAAUUUCUUUAUGACUUAAAACUAUUUAAGCCCAUAGCGAUAAUGUAUUUCUUUAAAGCAGUGCCUCAACAGAGAAGUCAAAGCCCUUCCCAUACCCCCAUCAAGUUUAAAACAACUGUAGUGUUCAAACAACAGGUUGCUGGCCCUGCACUGUGCUGAACCUUUAUUUUUUUUAUAUGUCAGAGUAAUUGUAGUUUAGUCUGAUAAAUCUGCAGCACUCUAUACCUUGGCUUCUGGAAAAGGCUAAAGUGUCUCUGCCUGUUCAUUGCCCCAUCCCCUAGAAUUUCCUUCGCCUGGCAGCUGUGGGGCAGAAGGUUCCCUGCUGCUUUCCUUUUUCCUGCCCCGAUGUGUCAGACUCUUUCUGGUGCUGUUCUCUGCUGCUGCUUGCUUUGUUUUUUUUCUUUCUGCUCCCUGCCCCCCCUCCCCCAGUAGCUGCAGAGUGAAGUUAGCCUGGUUCAUGUAGGUUUUUCACUGCUGCUAGCCACUCAAUAGCAACAGUGAAAAUUUCUCUUUUAGAUCCGUUGAACAUAUGGGAACCUGAGAAUUCCGGGGUCUGUAUUUCCAAAAGGGAACAAUACAUUGAGCUGUGAUGGACAGGCUCUUUAAGCUCAAGCAACAGAGGGAUGGGACAUCCUUUGUUGGAAGGUCAGGCCACAGAAAUUAUAAGUCACUUUUGUUAAUUUAGGCCUGAGGGUGUAUUGACUGAGAUGGCUGGAAGGCAUUGCAUCCAGUUUGUUCAUGAGUUUCUCAGAAAUCAUAGAAGUUUUGAAAUCCUUUAUGAAUUUAAAAAAUGUUUUGGGGAAGUUAAGGACACAUGGACGAUCUCUCUUUUAGUGACAAACUGAAGUGGCAGGUAAACUGUUUAAGCCCUGUAUAAUUUUAUUUUUAAAAAAUGAGAUUGUCAAGUUGGGUUUCUUUCAAAGCCUUUUUUACACUGGCAUGCAGAGUAGAAGAGGGAUUUAUUUUUCUUCUGCUAAUGAGGUUGCUUGCACAGUCACAAGCUGAUAUUUAGGAGUUAAUGUGUUCAAGGAGAAAUCUGCUUUUGCAUAGCAGCAUCUUUGUGUCACUCAGCUGAACUAUGGCUGCUCCCUAGUUCUGCUUCUUGUAUACUUUUCAGAUCAACUGCCAAGAAAAUUUCAUCCAGAUGUUUCUUACAAGGGGUUUAAUCAGCAGCGUGGAGUCAGGAAUCUUUGUUGUCUGUUCUGCAGUGGGGGUUAGAGAUGUCUGAGGGAAUGGCAUGAAAAAAGGUUAAAUGCCCUUCCCUUCCCAGGAGACUCGUGAGCAAAUGUUUCUACUGGCAAAAGCAAAUGUUAAUUAUUUUAUUCCUUUUUUUGAACAGGGUUUUCAUCCAAAAAGAUUUAUUGGGCUCUAGCCUCCGCUUUAACAUACGGUUCUCUUUUAACAUGAUAAAUAUCCGUUUGUACAUGAUCAUAAAUAGGUAAUGGAUUUUAGGGAUUUCUUUCUGAGCUGUGUCCAGCUUUGUACUACAUUAAAGGGAGAGUAACACAAAUGUGCAUUACUGUCUCACUUUGAAGCCAAGGUGAUCAUGGAAUAUCAGAUACCAGCAUCAGCCAACCAAGCAGCGUGUAUUUGCCAUUGGAAGUACAGAAAAUCCUGACUGUAUUGUAAAAUAAAACAAAAGCUGAUAACUGCUGACCUAUGUUGCCCCAUGCCCACGUUCCCAAGGUGUGAGGGUGACUCAUAUGGGCACCAUGGGGGCUUUACAUAGGAAGUUAGCAUUAUGUAGGUUAUAAUCAUAGCAAAUGUUAACUUACAUAAGCUGCUUUUUCAGAAAAAAAUCAUCUGAUCCUGGGUAUUGAGUUGUAUAUGCUGUUUUGUCACUCUAGAAAGGAAAACAGGAAUCACCACGUGUUUUGGGUGCUUCUUUUUGCUCUCCCUCUUUCAAAGUUGAAAUACUUGGUUUGCUUUCAUGACAAAGCAAAAUCUUCAAUCAAAAAUGGCCAGCUCCAGGAAAAGUGCUGAACAUCAAGCUAAGGAAUAAGCUAAAUAAACCUAAACCCCAACAAUCCCCCAAAACCCACAGGUGCACAGUCUGAUUGAAAUAAAUGUGCUUUGGGAGUGUAAGUCAAAAUAUGUAAAGAAUGUUACCCAAAAUAAUACUGUGAGAUUCUUUGCUUCAGGGAAAGGGUGCCUGUGGGGUGUCAGAGAGACAUGAAAUGAACUGCUUUAGGACAUGCCCUUUGCCUGUGAAGUCCAGGCAGCUUGUGACUCUGGAUUCCAUCAUACGUUGUAGAGGAGAGAAGUAGGACAGUAGAGAUUUUGGGGCUUUUUUUUUUGGUAACUAUUAAGCAAGAGUCUGUCUUGAGACUUUCAUGAGCCAAAGGAAUUGUCGACAACAUGAAUGGUUAACUGUCUUUUGUUGCCAAAAUACUUUUCAGCUUUUUUUCUUCUGUUCUUUCUUUCUGUUAUCAGAUAUUUUAGGGGAUAUUCAAAAUACCUGUAAUGGUAAAGCUUAAACAAUUUUUUUAAAAUCCUGUUGUUCUUGAAGAAAUACAACUUAUCCAUUGCAUUUCUAUCUAGAGAACAAAGUCUCGUAUUUAACACAUGCAGACGAUACAGAACUACAAAAACCCCUCACUUGUGCCUGUGGUUUGAUGAGCCUUUCUGUGAUUUACUUCUUAAUAUGGGUACUUUGAAAUCCCCACACCUUGUACUGAAAUUUUUCCAAGGGAUAGGCAAAAGUGCACUAUGUAGUGGAGUACCCAGUCCUAGUUCUAAGAUAUACCCUAGUCAAUCUUUUGAUAAUGUUUGACAGUCUGGUGGUCAGUUCUUCAAGGAACUCCAUGUCUGAUCAAGGAUAUUCUUCAAGUCCACCAGACUCUGUAUCCUUGCAGUGGACAGAGAAUUGUAUUUCCCUCAUCACAGGAAGGCAUACAGCAGGCACGGCUAUCAACUUCUUGAUCUUAUGAGUGAAAAUAGCAUUCUUUUCUCUUGGAUGUCAAAUCUUACCCUAAAUGGAAGUGAUACAGUAGAGAUGGAUGUUCCCGGUUUGUUAAAGGAAGCCAGACGCUGUUCCAGAUACCAGAAAGUCUUAGCAUAAAGCCAUAUUGUAAAGAGGAUAUGUGAACAGGCCAAGCUGCUUGCUUUUGACACCUCUUCUGCUGUUUCUGUAAAACCAACCAAACAAAACCAAUGUAAGAUGAAAGAGAACUAAAGCAGUGCUUGUGCACUAGACAGGUAGAAACUUCCCUGGCCUGUGGACCCUAAUCCCAAUACUCCCUGCAAAUGCACUCAGAUACUUUUCAAAUAGAAUAUGCAGCAUCUGUGUGGAUAUCAGUACCCUGAAUCUGACAGCCAUUAAUGAGAGGCAAAGAGUGUUUUUUUUCUCUAACAGGAAACAUGCAUCCCUUUAAAAAGUCUGGGAACCUCUUGUCCUGGCUGAUGAGCAGUCACCGACAGGAGACACUCAGUGGGAUUACAGCCUUUUCUUAAAGGCUGUCAGCAUACCUCCUCCUAAAGGGCUGCCUAGAGUGCUCCAUGUCUAGGGAACUAACUGAUGAACGCUCCCCGACUAAAGAGUUUCGAGGAUCAGCAGUUUGGAGAGAAUCUGCAGGUGUAUGUAAUUGCGAUGAACUGGGAAAGCAUCCAUUUAAAUUGAGGUGAUGUGUUUGAUAUGAUCACAGAUCUGUAGUGUUCCUGAUGUUGGCUGGAUCUUCUCGAGGAGCAUCCAAGAACUUUGUUCCAUGACUUUCUCCAGGAAGAGAAUGUGCUUGGGCAGCCCCAAAUUUGGUGCAAUGCUUUGAACUUGGGAUCAGAAAGCAAUUUUGAUUACAAGCUGGUAGUUGUCCAUAUUAGAAAAAUGAAAGUGGUAUAUUAAUAGUAGGAUUCUCUUUAUAGGCUGCAUAGGGGUUCACAAUUUUAAGUGCUUGGCUACAUGUGUGGUGGGGUAGGAGAUGAACUUUCAGCUGCAUUGAUUGCUCCAAUGUCAAUACAACAGUGUCACCUCCAGGACUGCCCUGAGGUGAAUGGAGAGUGUUGGUCAGGGGCUGCCUGCUGCACCAUCCAGGAUUAUGUUAGAUGAAGUGAAAUGCAAAAACUGAAACGUUGCUUGAUAGUUGAAGCUGUUGAGCAACAUAAGUGUUUUCUGGAAAUGAGAUUUUAAUAUUAUCUUCAGUUAUGUUUUAAUUUUCAGGUUUCUUGCCCUUAUGCAAAAUACAAAAUUACCGUAUGACAUGGGCCUAUUGAUUUUUCACAGGACUGUUUACCAUCAAAGGUGUUUCUCCAAGAAUUGUUCCUCAUUUUUAGGUAUUUUCAACAUGUCUGUUGGUAAAGUUGCACAUAGCCCUCUUCCACUGCUUUCUAUGCACAGAGAUCUUGGAAAUGAACUUAAUGAAAGGAGGAAAAUCAGUGCUUUGAAAAGAACAGACUAGCAGACUAUGCAUAAGCAGGUUAUUUUUAGAAAACAGAACAACUAUGGUCUGUGCAGAAAAUUUGAAACAAUAAAUAUUUAUACAAAAGUGCAUGAGGUAAAGAAAUGAAUAUAAGACAAUAUAAGCAAGACUCUAUUCUUUGAUCACAGCUGUAAUGUUUUUUUUUCCAUUGCCAAACAAUGUGUGAAAAUUGCUUUUGAUUGCAUGUGCUGUUAGUAAUGUGCUUAACAUAAAUCAUCUGAAAUGUUUUUGGGCUCAAAAAGAGACCAAAGAGGCCAUGCAGAUUUCUUUUGAUAUGAAAGGCAAAGAUAUGAGCCCAUGCCUGCAGUGACUAGGGGGAGACCGCUAUGUGCUACAUUAGCAGAUUGAAUUGCAGGAUCAUCACCUUUGUAAUGAGCCUAAAAUAGUGAACUGUGGGUUGGCUUUGAGGGCAAGAAUUGACAAAUGCAAAACAUGCAUUGCUGACAAGAAGAACUUCUUCCUAGCUUAAAGAAUUCUGUACAGUGUUCUCUUAAGCUGUGCUGAAUUUGCUUCAAAAAUAGUAAUAAAUCUUAUUGCUUAGGUCGAAUGUUACAUCUGUUGUGUAUUUAUAUGGGAGGAAUAAUGUUUCUGAAAAAAAUGGAACAUGCCACCUA